GUGCAGGGAUAUCGGAGCGCCGGCAGUUUGGGCUGAGCAUCCUGAGGCGAUGGCGUUGCUGGGCUUGUGGGAGGUGGGCGACUCUCUACUGAAGGUCGCCACCGGCGGCCCGUUGUCCUUGCUGCUGGCCGCCUCGGCCUUGGCCCUGGGGCUGGGUUACUUCCUGCAGCUCGGCUCCCGCCACGGGCAGCCCUCCAGCACCGGCCAGAAGUAUCCACCAUAUAUUUCAUCGAAUAUCCCCUUUGUAGGGCAUGCAAUUACAUUUUGGAAAAAUCCUGUCGAAUUUUUGGAAAAUGCCUACGAAAAGUAUGGACCUGUAUUUAGCUUUACUAUGGUGGGGAAGACAUUUACGUAUCUCCUGGGUAGUGAUGCUGCUGCUCUUCUGUUCAAUAGUAAAAAUGAAGAUCUGAAUGCAGAAGAUGUGUAUUCACGGCUAACCACACCUCUCUUAGGCAAAGGAGUAGCUUACGAUAUACCCAACCCAGUAUUUUUGGAGCAGAAGAAGAUGGUAAAAUCUGGGCUGAAUAUCAGCCAGUUAAAAAACCAUGUACCAAUAAUUGAAAAAGAAACUAUGGAAUACUUUAAAACUUGGGGAGCCAGUGGAGAAAGAAACUUGUUUGAAGCAUUUUCAGAACUAAUCAUUUUGACAGCAAGUCACUGUUUACAUGGGAAGGAGAUAAGAAGCAUUCUCAAUGAGAAGGUAGCACAACUCUAUGCUGAUCUGGAUGGGGGAUUUAGUCACGCUGCCUGGCUUUUGCCAGGUUGGCUGCCUUUGCCCAGCUUCAGGCGCAGAGAUAGAGCCCGCAAUAAAGUGAAGGCUAUUUUCUAUGAAGUAAUUCAGAAACGCCGACAGUCUUUGGAGAAAGAGGAUGACAUGCUUCAAACGCUACUGGAUGUUACCUACAAAGAUGGCCGUCAACUUACUGAUGAUGAAAUUACGGCGAUGCUUAUAGGGCUGAUGUUUGCAGGUCACCAUACAUCUUCAACUACUAGCACUUGGCUUGGCUUCUUCUUAGCUAGAGACAAAUCACUUCAGGAACGGUGUUAUGCGGAACAAAAAGCAGUGCGUGGAGAAGAUUUGCCUCCAGUAAACUAUGACCAGCUCAAAGAUAUGACUUUGCUGGACAAUUGCUUGAAAGAGACAUUAAGACUUAGACCUCCUGUAAUGGCUAUGAUAAGGAUGGCUAAAACUCCCCAAACUGUUGCUGGCUAUACAAUUCCACCUGGCCAUCAAGUGUGUGUAUCUCCUACUGUCAAUCAUAGACUUAAGGAUUGUUGGAUAGAGAACCUAAGCUUCAAACCAGACCGUUACCUCCAAAAUAACUUUGCAGCUGGAAAGAAGUUUGCAUAUGUGCCAUUUGGUGCUGGUCGUCAUCGUUGCAUUGGAGAAAACUUUGCUUAUGUUCAAAUUAAGGCAAUUUGGUCAACUCUUCUGCGUUUGUAUGAAUUUGAUUUGGUGAAUGGAUAUUUUCCUACCAUAAAUUAUACAACGAUGGUCCACACCCCUAAUAACCCAGUCAUUCGAUACAAAAGGAGAUAAUAAAGUGAGACGUAAUGUCUUCCAACUAUACUGAAGAGCAACAUUUGUGUAUGAAAAGAUUGUCAAAGAAGAUGCUAUUUGUCCUGUUUGUAU